GUAACAUUCGCAGUUUCUCCAACCUUUCCAUAGAGUGUCAGCGGACGGAGAGAGACGUAGGCAGCUCCCUUUCGCCUUAUUUCGGCUGUAAACAUAACAUUCCUCAUCAUGGCGGCCACGGAUGUAGAUAUAUUUUCUAAUGAAGAAAAGCGUAACCUCAGCCUUGGCGGUCAUGUUGGCUUUGACAGUCUACCUGAUCAGCUGGUCAGUAAAUCGGUGACUCAGGGUUUCUGCUUUAACAUCCUCUGCGUGGGCGAGACGGGCAUCGGCAAGUCUACAUUAAUGAACACACUUUUUAACACAAUGUUUGAAAAUGAGGAGGCCAGCCAUUACCAAAACGCCGUCUACCUGCGACCGAGAACAUAUGACUUGCAAGAGAGCAACGUCCACCUCAAGCUGACUAUCGUUGACACGGUGGGUUUCGGAGACCAGAUCAACAAAGAGGAAAGCUAUAAACCCAUCGUGGACUACAUUGAUACACAGUUUGAAAACUACCUACAGGAAGAACUGAAAAUCAAGCGCUCUCUCUUUAACUACCAUGACACCAGAAUCCACAUCUGCCUCUACUUCAUCGCUCCCACGGGACACUCGCUCAAGUCCCUGGAUUUAGUCACAAUGAAAAAGUUGGACAGCAAGGUGAACAUCAUCCCUAUUAUCGCUAAAGCUGACACAAUUUCCAAGAGCGAGCUACACAAGUUCAAAAUCAAAAUCAUGAGUGAGCUGGUUAGUAACGGUGUUCAGAUCUACCAAUUUCCCACAGAUGAUGAAGCCGUCACAGAGAUCAACUCCUCCAUGAACGCUCAUCUUCCGUUUGCUGUGGUGGGCAGUGUAGAGGAGGUGAAGGUGGGGAAUAAGACGGUGAGGGCCAGGCAGUACCCAUGGGGUGUAGUUCAAGUGGAGAACGAGAGUCACUGUGACUUCGUAAAGCUGCGGGAGAUGUUGAUCAGAGUGAACAUGGAGGAUCUGAGAGAGCAGACUCACGCUAGACACUACGAACUCUACAGACGCUGUAAACUAGAGGAGAUGGGCUUUAAAGACACCGACCCAGACAGCCAGCCAUUCAGUCUUCAGGAGACAUAUGAAGCCAAAAGGAAGGAGUUUCUUGGAGACCUGCAGCGGAAGGAAGAGGAGAUGAGGCAUAUGUUUGUGAACAAAGUGAAGGAGACAGAGGCUGAGCUGAAGGAGAAGGAGAGAGAGUUACAUGACAAGUUUGAGCAGCUGAAGCGCAUGCACCAGGAGGAGAAGAGGAAGGUGGAGGAGAAGAGACGAGACCUGGAGGAGGAGAUGAAUGCCUUCAACAGGAGGAAGGUGGCGGCCGAGACCCUCUCUCUCUCACAGCCCCUGAAGAAGGACAAGGACAAGAAAAAUUAAUUUAAGAGCACAUCGCAGGCCGACCACAGACUUGUCCUCCACCAUCGUUGCAACAUCAGCAUUUGUUUUUGACAUUUUCCUUAUGACAUUGUGUUAAAGGACCAAAGAUCGUGAUGGGAAGCCAGAGAAGUGUAUGGGGACUGAAUUGCUUCUUGUGUUGCCACAGUUUCUUUGUUUUCCUUUGCUAGGAUCAUUCAGGUUAUAUAUAUUUUUUAUUAUUUUUAAUAUGUCCUCCCACUUAACUCCAUUUUAUUUUUUGGGACCUAAUUCUUUCUCUUUUUUUGACCAAACUGACAGACAUUCACCUUUUGGUCACUGUUGUUUUUGGUACUAACCAUUUGUUAAUUUGUCUUAAUAAUAGUCAGGCCAAUAUUGUGACAUUCAUUUAUAGUACAACCCCAAUUCUGAAAAAGUUGGGACAGUAUGAAAAAUGCUAAUAAAAACAAAAA